AUGCUCUUCUCGUGGGUAGCGCGGUCCGCGCCAGGACUAUCUAUAGUCUUCCUCGUUAUCCUCGCAUACUAUGUAAUAACUCGCGAAGCAGCCGCGUCGGGAUUCACCCUGACGCGCAACAACGAGGCAGAUUCGCUGAGUCGGCCUGCUCGUAUUACCUUCACAACUCCCACGACGUACGAGGGAGCCGGCUUCUGGACGCUCAUUUUUGCCUACUACUGUUUAACUAUUCAUAUUCUGGUUUCGUCCUUCCCGUUACGUUCCAUGUGGUCCAUUUUCGAUAUUUCCCGGUGUCUCGAGAGAACCGCCCGCAGCAAAUCACUCAGAGAUUAUAAGAUAUCGCAUCGUCGCCGCGGCUCUUUCACUUCUCUUUCGAGCUCUGAGACUCUCACCUCAUCCAAAGAAUUACCUUCGCCAUCUUCGACUGCGAGUAGCGAGGCGGGUGAUACCGAGACAGAAUUUGUUCCCGAAUCUGAGACUGGUGUCGACCGUGUUAUCCAUGCAAUCAUCAUUCCGAACUACAAGGAAGAGAUGGACACCCUUCGAGAGACGCUAGAUGUCAUAGCCUCACAUCCACUAGCUCGUGAUACCUACGAUGUCUACUUAGCAAUGGAGGCGCGUGAACCGAAUGUCGAAGCGAAAGCAUUGGCUAUAAUCAACGAGUUUGUUAAGAAGUUUCGGUCAAUCGACUUUACUCUACACCCACCCGAUAUUCCCGGAGAAGCGCCUGGAAAAGGUAGCAACAUGGCUUGGGCUGGACGAAAGCUGAGUGAGAAAUACCCUCUCAGUGUCAGAAAGGACGUAAUCAUUACCGGAAUUGAUGCUGAUAGCCAUCUCUCCUCGAAUUAUUUUGCUUUGCUUACAAGUAUGCAUAAUGCACAUCCUGAAACUGCAACUACUACAUUAUAUGCCGCUCCUAUCAUCUUUGAUCGCAAUGCCCACGAAGUCCCAGCUAUUGUACGAGUUGCCGACAUUCUGUGGGGUGCUGCUGGCAUGUCUGGUCUUUACCGUGGCUCCUCUAUCGCUCCCCCGACCUCAGUCUAUUCGCUACCCCUACAGCUAGUUGAUCGAGUUGGUGGCUGGGACUGCGACUCUGAAGCUAUUGGCGAGGAUCUACACAUGUAUCUCAAAUGCUUCUUUGCCUUGAACGGGAACUUGACAGUUAGGACAAUUCAUAGCCCGGUCAGCCAAAGCAAUGUGAAGGGUGAUGGUGGCGAGGGUGUUAAGCGAGUCUAUAACGACAUGGAUGCGCGGUAUAAGCAGGCCCUUCGACAUAUGUGGGGUGCAUUGGAUGUCGGCUAUGCAAUCAGGAAAUUUGUCGAGCUCUGGCAGGAACGCAAGCACACAACCAGGGCUUUUCGUCCACUUCACCUUGCAUUAAAACACCCGAAUGAUUCCUACAUUAAGAAUCAUUUUGAUGCGGACCCUGAGCAACCCCUGGAAAGUGGAAUCUACUCCGAAGUUACUACUGAGACAAUCAAAGAACCUGACUGGCAGCGAACGUUCCUUCUUGCUCACCGACUCUUCGAAGCUCAUUUUCUCCCUCUCCAUACGACUAUCAUGAUUGUCACCUCGACUCUAUAUAUGACCGUCACCGAAGGUGGCCCAGACCCCCACAAUGUCGGUUGGAUCUUCGCAAUUUGUAAAGUCCUUCGAACUGUUGGCCUUUUGGAGUGUGCGUUUCUACUCUUCUUGUACGAGCGAUUCCACAAGAUUGGUGCCACUACCCGCGAAAAAGAGAUGCAAGAAGCUGGCUUGGCUAAGGGCAUGUGCUUCUCACACCGCAGCGCGAAGUCGAAUUUUGUCGAUUAUCUUGUAUUCCCGCUUGUUGGAGCUCUUUACGGAUCCAUUCCAUCAGCCCAAGCUCAGCUGAUGCACUUCUUUACCAACGACCUAGUCUAUACUGUGAGCAAGAAAGUGACGCGGCAAAGAGCCAAAUCCUUUAUCGCAGAAGUUCUCUCAUAG